GAUUCCCUAUACUAUCCCUCUCGAGUACAUCAAGGCCAUCACAACAACUCCCACGUGUCUGUGGCUUGCCAGAUAGCGGGUGGGGUGUAUAACCAUAUCUGGUCAAGAAGCGUUGGCUUCCCGAAGAGGCAUAUCUGUUUCCUCACAAGAGAGUCAAGCUUGACGACUCAGCCUCCUAGGCUGACCCUCCACCAUGAGUUCUGGCACAGGUAAGCCUGCUCUACAGGCAAAGACAGGGCAGGGCAACUUUGCCGCGGGCAUGCCCAGCACGCAGGCGAUACUGCUGGACAAGCUGAACCGUGGCUCGACUCCUGACUCCGAAGCCUUGGCGAGCUCAGACGACGAAGUUGACCCACUUCGUCAAGAACCUCCGCCUACCUCAACACAAGCUCCCAAGCAACCUGUCCGCCGGGCAUCAUGGCUGAAUGAUACGUCUCAACCACCACCGCCGCCCCGCCAGCGGAAAGAAUCGUUUGCGAGCACCUCCAUGUCUCCUACAACUUCCCACCCCAGCACGCCAGCUGUAGAUUCUGGGGUUGGUGCCUGGGGCACCCAUCCGGCUGCUUCUGCAGUCCAUGGCCGAUCCCAUGCUGGACCUAGUCCAUUCAGUACUACAUGGGGUGCAGGAAUCUGGACAAACGAGAGGAAUAACCCUCCCUCUCGUUUAGCAGAGGUCUUGCCUUCGCCGACAUCUGGCAUACCGCCUGGCAGCUCGGGCGGCUCGUUUUUUGAUAACGCGCUAGCUCAACAAUCGGUUGGCUCCAGAGAUACAGUCCCAAACCCUCAGAUUCCGUUCCCGAUUCCUCUCCAUCCUACGCCCAAAACCUAUCGAUCACAGUCGUACUCCGUUGGGCAGCUUGACCCAGAAACAUCUCUUCCUUCUGUUGCCACAUCCGCGGUUCUGGGCGGUCGUUCGCGUCCGUUAGGCCAUCCCGGCUUGCAGCAUCGUCCUUCUCGGCCUAGUAUGUUGAGUGAGAUGGCAAAUGAUGGCUCCAUGCUUGGAAAAGUAAAUGAAGACGAUGACGAUGAUAGUACCGGCUCUCUCCAGGGGGCCAGUCAGCAGCAGUCCGCUGAAGCGAAAGCUAUUGAGUCGUUGAUGCGCGAGAAUGCCAUCCUGCGCCAGCAGAAUCAGUAUCAAAGUUCGCGUUUGAGACCUCGGGCAUCUACCUCGAGUGUGUUUGGGUUAGGAAACGCGUACCUCCAGGAGGCUGUUCCCGAAGAAUCAGAUUUUGCUGUUGAUGAGCUUGAUGAGGCGAACGAUGGGUCUGACCUCGGCAGGAGGAAUCUGGCCAGACGGAUGAGCGAGUUUGGUGUAGGCCCGUAUCGCACCCCUUAUAUGGCGGAUCAUAGGAAAGUUGAUAACACCAACCUAAAGAGGGCCCUCUGGCAAACAUCUCUCGGGUUCGGGGGACUGGGAGAUAUUCCGCAGAGCAGACGGCACUCGUUUGCUGAUGUGCCAGUCCGGCAGAACUCCAUUGCUUCUAUUGGGGAAGGGAUCGCACCACACGAAAUCGGCCCUCAUGAUUCUGCGCCUGACUACGCUUCUCCCGGUUAUUCUGAUGCUAUGGCACUGGCCAAUGCUGCUCAAGUACAAAACUACUUUACGGGAGGUUCAUCGCAUGCCCUCGCCCAGUCAGCCUAUGGAAAUCAGUUUCCGUCGCCAUACUCUAUGCUUCCCAACGCGUACGCCAACAGGCCCAACUCACCGCAUCGUAACAUGUACGGUGCAGCACAGCCGCGACAUGACCAGCCCCUCUACAUUGUCCUUUUCAAGUGUGCUAGGGCCGAUGUCUUCUAUAUCCAGGAAGGCACAGGGCUUACCGUGAAACCUGGCGACUUGGUCAUAGUGGAAGCUGACCGUGGCACGGAUCUCGGCACUGUCGCCAAGGAUAACGUUGACUGGAAGACUGCAAAGGAACUCAAGGAGCACUAUGCCGAGGAGCAAUAUAGAUGGCUCAUGAUGUACUCUCAGAACGCAGGAAUGGCCCAAGAUGGUGUUGGUGCUGGCCUUAUGGCGGCCUCAAACCUGCAAGGAAGUGCCGUUGGCGGCAUGGGGCCCGCCGGUCAACACCACAUCCAGGAGCCUACUUCAGGAGAACUGAAACCGAAAUUAAUCAAGAGGCUGGCGCAGGCUCACGAGAUUCACGCUCUGAGAGAGAAGGAGGGAAAUGAGGCCAAGGCCAAGCGAGUGUGCAUGCAAAAGGUCAAGGAGCAUGGCUUGAACAUGGAGAUUUUGGAUGCCGAGUUCCAGAUGGACUGGAAGAAACUGACCUUCUACUACUUCGCCGACUCCUACAUCAACUUCAAUUCUCUGGUUACCGAUCUCUUCAAGAUCUACAAAACUCGGAUCUGGAUGUCAGCUAUCAACCCCGCCUCUUUUGCGAGCCCUACCCUUGGCUUACAGGCGCCUAGCGGAAUUGGCCCCGGGGCUGUCGGUGUCAGCCGCGCCUCUGCAGCAACUGAACGCCGUCAAAACACGCAGCAACAUGACCAACAAAGCGUUUACACUGCUGCUGGUCAAACGGGGCGGAACAUCCAAGGGGGGUUCCCAGGCGCCUUCACCCCUGACCGGGCAACGGGACCAGGAUCUGGCUACUCUUUACAAACUUAUCCCUGGAAUUCUUACGUUCCGUUCGGGGCCGCUUCGAGACCCGGACCCGGACCCGGACCCGGACUCGGAGGACUGUCAUACGCUGUGCCCGGUAUGAUGCCGAAUUCCGAUACCUACACAGCCGGUGGUUUCCCACCGGCGGUAGACUACUCUGCACGAUCCCGAUUCCCAACACCCCAGGCAAGCUCUGGGCAGCACGAACAGAUAGGCUCUGCACAAGGGGCACAGGCAGACUGGGCAACAGCGUUCCAAGGCCUUUCUCUCAAGUCGAACCCUCGUUGAUACCUCUUCAAGUUAUCUCUGGCCCUUCUUAUUCAGGUUUGGGACGGUUCGCAUCGUCGUGGUUAAACAUCGAACAUGGGAGCUGCUCUGGCCAAGGGAACCGAUACACGAGAUCUGGGGACAACACAUUAAAGUGACUGCAGGUGGACCAUAUGUUCACCAGUACAAGACCAUGGAAUUUGUCAAGUUGCACUACUCCAGUCAGUCAUCUUCAUUGAGUGCGUCGACUGUUGAUGAUCAGUUAGGAUGACAAGGCAGGCCAAAGACUGAUAUACGACCAUCUUUUAUUCUUGCACGGACGGAGUUGAAACAAAAUAAUAGACAGACAGACAGAGAGAAAGUAAGACAACAGACAGACAAACACAAAUGAGACAUUGUAUGGGAUGGGAUGUUUCAGUUCUACUUAUAUCACGACAUGACCAAGAUAAUACUUUGCUUCAGGGGGAUCGCAGACGAAGAUGGCUGAGGUACUACUUUCGUUCAUUCACUUGUUUCUUGUUCAUUUCACACCCAUUCAUCACCA